AUGGCUGAUAUUUUGCGCCGACUGAAUAAGCCAAACUGGGGCCCACUCAUGAAAGCUAGUGCCAGACGUUUACAUAUUUCGGCAGCGCAAUUUUCUUCACCGUUCGUGAAAGCACAAAAAAAAAUGGAUCCUGAAAUUGCUAAAUUGCGAGAAGAGAGGAAAAGACGAAAACUCAAGAAAGAAAUCAAACUUCUAGAAAGCUUCGGCAAGAAACCGAAACCUGUGGAGGAAUACAUUUUUGAUAAAAAGUAUGAGGCAAAUAUUAACGAACGAAUACGCCCUGCUAUUAGAUUAAAUGAAGAUGAGGAGGAUGAACGUAUGGUUCUGGAAAUGGAAUACAAACAUUAUCUUAAUAAAUUAGCAGUUAUGGAUACACGUUGGAUUACGGAAAGUAUUCGGAAACAAGAAAAUGCUUUGCAGAAACUCAAGAUGCUAUCGCCCGAAUUGUACAAAGCUGCUCUUGAACCUGACGAAUGUUUUUUGCAAAGCUUCAUUUAUCGAGGCCCAACAUUGACCCCCCCGUUGGAAUCAUAUGACCCACCUGAUGGGCAUUAUAUCGAUGUCAGCAAAAAGUGGUUGUGUUAA